ACAGAUGUUAAAUUUUUCCCUGAAAUGUAAACGCACGAAGCGAACGCAAUUUUGACACAUUCUGGUGGCGUUCGACACACAACCGUUUUGCGCGGCAAAACGUAAACAUAACAACGAGAGACAUCCAAAUCACAUCUACUGUGUUUUCGUGUUCUGUGUGUAAGCUGGCUUGUGACUUCAUUGCUUUUUGCGAAGAUUGUCUUCGGCAUCGACCAUAACUUUAACCGGUUUUACCUCGAUGUUUGUAGUUAUCUACCCAGCGUCUAGUUGCAUUGUGUAAAAACAUGAGUAACAGCCAUUCAGAGGACUAUUCGGAGGAGAAAAGACAGAGGAAGAAAGACCUAUCAACAGUGGUGAUCGAUAGUGACGAAACGGGCAGUUCGAGGGAUGAAAUCGAUAGCAGCUGCGACAAUGAAUCGAAGCAGCGAUUAAUACUGAAUCAAGAAAAGCCAAGCAGCAGUGUUCGUCGAUCGUUGCGCGGUUCUCAUGCAAAAGACUACGCGACAAGCAAGGAUUUAUCACGGCGCCGUGAUAGGAAAAAUGCCAGUACAACUGAAACCAGCGAUGAAGAAACGGAUGGGGAAAAAGAGAAAAACCAUCACCAAUUAGGGCAGCAGCUUGAUCGCGAUACGGAGGAAAUUGCAGUUUCAGGCUCGAAGGGUAACGAGCGAAAGAAAGCCAACUCAGCAGCUGCCGACAAUGUUCGUCGCUCGUCCCGUAUUACAUCGCCGAGUGUGCGUUACUCGAAAGACUACGUAACGGAAAGCGCAAAAGCGAAACGGCACGUCCAGAGCUCGACCAGCACGGACGAGAGCAGCAUGGACGAACAGGAGGACCAUGAGGAUAGUUUGGAAAUGCUGAACAAUAAGGUGGCCGCCACGACGUUGUUCGAGGCAGAGAGGGAUGUGCCCGGGACGGGUAUUUAUGGUUUCCAGACGCCAAAGAAACGAGGCUCAAUGAGUGCUCUUGCGCAGGCUAGCAGCGCGACACGUACGCCACGUACGCCUCGGUCGCCCCGUUGCUCGGUAACCGUAUUUGGUAACGUGCCGACAACGCCACUUCAUGUGCGAAAACAGAACAAGAAAGAGUUGUCAAAGGCACUGCAAGCCUCGAUGCGGCAAGAUUUUUCGGCUAGUGAGAGUGAUUACAACCCGUCGGACGAAGAAGACGACGAUGAUUCCGUUUCUGACGAUGAUGAGGAUAACGCCACUGCUUCUUCUGCUGAUGAAACUGUCAGUGAGCGUUCACAAAAGGGGCGCAAGUCACAGACCGGAACAAAUAUCGCACCACACACGCCGGCAGUUCCGGUUCCGGCUAAGCUACCGUCACAAUCGGCUGCCAACGGUCAGUCAACAAGAGCCCGCACCACCCGUAGUGCAUCGAACAAGCCCGACAUGCAGUACAUUGUGGAGAGUGAUAACUACUUCUCUACAUUUACCAAUGCCAAAUCCGUCACAUCUGACCAUACGCUCGAUCGGCUGAGUACGCCACGGCUACCGCAGGAUGUUCUGCUACGGCUGCUGCAGGAAACGAAUGCGUCCUCGACGCAUGCAUCCGCCAUACAGGAUAUGCUAGCGGAGCACGAGCAGCAAUUCACCCGCUGGUUGUUCCUGCUGAACGAAGGGUUCAGUGUGUUGCUGUACGGGCUCGGUUCGAAGCGUUCGCUGCUGCAAACAUUCCACCACAAGCUGCUAGCCGACCGUCCGGUGCUGGUAGUGAACGGAUUCUUCCCCGGCCUAACCGUCAAGGAUGUGCUCGAUGCGGUGGCAAACGAUUUGCUCGAUCUGCAGCUGCAAACGUCCGUCCAUCAUGAAACGAUCGAUGAGAUCGAGUACGAACUGUCCCUGCAGCCGGAUCUGCACGUGUUUCUGCUCGUGCACAAUCUCGACGGUGUUGCAAUGCGCAACGACCGUAUGCAGGCGACAAUGUGCCGGCUGGCCAGCAUCCCUAACAUCCAUCUGGUUGCGACAAUCGAUCACAUCAAUGCACCACUGCUGUGGGACGCUUCCAAGCUGAGCCUGUACAACUUCUGCUGGUGGGACGUAACUACCCUGCUGCCGUACAGCGUCGAGACAGCGUUCGAGAACUCACUGCUGGUGCAGAGCGGCGGUGCACUGGCGUUGUCGUCGAUGAGCAGCGUGUUCGCAUCGCUCACCACUAAUGCACGCGGCAUCUUUAUGGUGAUUGUGAAGUAUCAGCUAGCGAACAGUGGUCCCGCAAACGCACAAUAUCCCGGCAUGCAGUUCAAAGAUCUGUACUGGUCGUGUCGCGAAGCGUUCCUGGUCAGCAGCGACAUUGCGUUGCGUGCACAGCUGACUGAGUUUACCGAUCACAAGCUGCUGCGUAUCAAACGGUCGCUGGACGGUUCGGAAUAUCUUAACAUACCGAUCGAGCACGGUCUGCUGAAGCGAUUCGUCGAUGAAAAUGCGAAGAGAUCGUAGAAUGCGUCUUUUUGUUUAGUUUGGUGAAUAAUUUUCCUUUCCGUGUUGCUCAUUACACUCUCACAUAUUGCAUGAUGUCGAAACCUGUGUUGUGUUUGUGGUCUCUAAGGACAUGCGAAUUUUGAGAAAAAAAAGAAGAAGCGCUUCUGUCCGAAACACUCAAGAGGAAGAAUUUAUUCCACAAUAUCCGACAUUAAUUCAAUUUUUUAAACAUUUCCCGUGGCGAAGGUAAAAAGGUAGAUAGUAAUAAUGUGUUGUUUGGUGAUAAAUAUUGACAAGUUUAUAUCCCUAUAUUUUUCUGGAAUAGACCAACAAUAUUAAAUAAUAUUUAAUGAAAUAGUUGAAAUUAAAUAUUUUCUAAGGUUUCAAAUAUGCAAAAGGAACAAAAAAAAAACAUUUAUAUUCUGCGCUAAAAUAUGGUUAGGAAGAAUUUAGAAGACGCUUCCUUUCAUUAGACAUUACUAAAUCAUAUAACGCUUGCUUUGACUCCUUCAGCACAGAAACCAUCCUUAGACGCAGACUCGUUGCCGUGCCGAACGCCUUUUACGGUACCGUUCUGCUGGUUCGGCGACCGACUCAGUCAGUACACACUGGCUGGCGGCACCGGGCACAUCCUUGCUGCUCUUGCUACGAACGUACGGCACCCGUUGUGGGCGCCCGGGACAUCUCCUUUCUCCUGGUUUUUUCUCACCACUAUCUCAUCACCCGGCUCGGCUGUUUUGUUAUCCGCUAGGAGCGCAAGGAGAGCCUUCCAACUUUUCCUUUGUUUAAGCCACACACACACACACACAUACACACAUUUUUUUCCUUUCCAAAACACUCGCUUUACCGGUUCAAAGGGUAUCCUUUAUCCCGUUCUGUUAGUAUCCUGUUAGUGAUAAUUUUAUCCCUUUAAAUCCUGUCUGUACCGUUUUGUGAAGUGAAGUGUCCGCUGGCUUUAGCACAAGUGGAUUCAGUGCACCAUCAACGGAGGCCUGGGUUAGUGUUUGCCUUUUCCACGAUCAACCGUCUAUCGCCAUCAUUGCCGUCAUCGACCACCAUCCAUCCCCAAAUGCGACAAU